AAAUGCACCUUUUAACAACUUCCCAAACCAUCCAAUAAUAAUCAAUCCGUCACACACCACUCAGGCACCCACUCCACUGCCUCUUUUUUCCUUCCUUGGCCUGUUGUGUUCUCAUGGCAGCACCCAAUCCAGUGAGGGUGCUUGAGGUUUGCAGAGUGGCUCCAACGCCUAGCUCACCGGACUCAGCCGCCCCGACCUCUCUUCCUCUUACUUUCUUCGACGUGUUCUGGUUGAGAUUCCCUCCCGUUCAACGAAUUUUCUUCUACGAAACCUCUCAUUCAACCACUACAUUCUCAGAGAUCGUCCUUCCUAAACUCAAACACUCCCUCUCUCUCACGCUCCAUCACUACCUUCCUCUUGCCGGCAAUCUGACGUGGUCCCCAGAUUCCGAUAAACCAAUCAUCCAAUACGUGGAAGGUCAUGAUGCAAUUUCACUCACCAUAGCGGAGUCUGAAGCUGAAUCCUUCUACCAUCUGUCCGGCGAUAGCUUUCGAGAAGCCAAAGAAUUUCAUCAUUAUUUACCCCAACUGGUGGCCUCUCACACACAAGUACCCGUGAUGGCAUUGCAAGUCACUCUGUUUCCAAACACCGGGUUUUCUAUCGGUUACGCCACACACCACGCGGUAUUGGAUGGGAAAACUGCAUCUCUGUUUAUGCAUUCAUGGGCCUCUAUUUGCGUCCGCGGCCAAGUCUCAACUUUAACUCCCGAACUAACUCCGUUUUAUGACCGCACCAUUGUCGAUGACCCAGAUGAUCUUGAAACAACUUUCUUGAAGGGAUUUUUGCAACAAAAUGGCAACAACAACAAAAGCCUCAUGAUAUGGGACUUGAAAGCUCCACCCGAUGUGUUUCUCGGCACUUUUAGAUUGACACAGGCAAAUAUAGAGAAUAUCAAGAAGCGUGUGCAAGCCCAAUGGCAAGAGAAGAAUAAUCAUAAACUAGCCAUUCCUCUGUCAACUUUUACAAUAACAAGUGCCUACACAUGGGUUUGCUUAGUUAAAACCUUGAAAACGAGGAGCCAGAAAGUUCGUCUUAUCAUCGGUGUCGAUUGCAGGGCUCGCUUGGAGCCCCCUCUCCCUUCAACUUACUUUGGGAACUGCCUUACAGGAUGUUUUGUCAAUGCAGAUUCGAACGACUUAAUUGGAGAAGAUGGGGUGGCCAUGGCGGCCACCGCGAUUGGAGAAGCCAUACAAGGUUUGAAUAAUGGAGUUCUAAAAGGGGCAAAAGACUGCAUAACUGCAUUAUUUUCUUUACAAAAGGAGGCAUUAUUUUCCAUUGCAGGCUCACCUCGACUUGAGAUGUACAACAUUGAUUUUGGGUGGGGGAGACCGAGAAAGGUGGAGGUGACAUCAAUUGAUAAAAGUGGAGCUUUCUCUCUUGCAGAUUCCAGAGAUGGUAAUGGUGGGCUUCAGAUUGGGAUAGUGUUGAAGAAACAUGAAAUUGAAGCUUUUGCUUCUCUUUUUGUUAGUGGUCUUGAAACUCAUUGAGUCCGUAAAACCCAUUGGCACCUCCUUGUAUGUUUGAUGCAAGUAUGUUUUUCAUUGGUGUGUGUUUUAUUUGUGUUUGUAAGAUAAAUUGAUAGAGAGAGAUACAGAAAGAAUGAAUUAUGUAUAUUGAUUUAUGUAUUGAAUGUAUUUUGUACAAUGGUUCAGAAGC